CUUUCUUCCUUGGAGGAUGAAGGAUUCCACUUAUCGUGUUCCUACUACUUCUCGUCUUGCUCAAUGGCGCCUCGACAAUCUUUCUUCUUGCUCUUAUCGUCGCUCUGAUCCUUUCAAAAUCGGUCUUUGGAACUGGCACUUGGCUUUGGAGAAGAAUAGGAUCUUGCUGUUAAAAUUGUAUCCAGAGAUAUCCAGCUUUACCAAAGAGAACCCCCCUAUAGCAUCAUUUGUUAUCCGGGUCUUGUCUUCCAUCGGUGAUCGCAAGCCUCUCGUCCACCCUGAAGUAAGAGAUCAGGUGCUAAAAAACAACGACGAUUUCAUUUGGCCUAUCGACAUUCCACUGACGGGAAAAUUGGUUAUUGAUGUUGAAUUUCUGGACUUGAAAACUUCAUCUUCACAGGGUGGUGAGCCUUGUUCCAUCUGGGCAGAAGGGUCAAGCGGCAGGCGGUCUAAUAGCGCAGCUCUUGACAGCCUGAGACGGAUGCUGACCGAAGGCAUCUACACAGAUAUCACAAUCAACACAUCAAACGGACGUGUAGGGGCUCAUAGAGCGGUUUUAGCUGCACGAUCCCAAGUGUUCCGAAGCAUGUUUUCCCACAACCUGCAGGAGAAAGAACUGUCCACCAUAAACAUAUCGGACAUGACAGUCGAGUCAUGUCAGGCCUUGCUCGACUACCUGUAUGGUUCCAUUGAGCCCCAAGAUUUUCUAGAUCAUCGUCUGUCGCUCCUACGAGCAGCAGAUAAGUACGACAUUGCAGACCUCAAGGAGGCUUGCCAUGUCAGCCUUCUCGAGGACAUUGAUGCAAAGAAUGUUCUAGAAAGACUCCAGAAUGCAUCACUUUACCAGCUGCCAGAGCUUAAGAAUAGCUGUCUGAAAUAUUUAGUCCAGUUUGGAAGAAUUUUCGAUAUUCAUGAUGACUUCAAUGUCUUCAUUCAGUGUGCUGACAGAGAGUUGAUUGCUGAAGUCUUCCAAGAAAUUCUUACUACCUGGAAAGGUUUCUGAUUCUUUGUUGAUUUUAGUUGUUUUUCAUGUGUUGAUGUAUAUACGAUAUGCCCGAGAGUAAAUGGUGUAAAACCCGACUCCAAUAUCGAUUUCAUUGUACUUGGUGUACUUCUGAAGUUCUUUCAAGAUUGUAUUUUUUUCAAAAAGGGUGAAGGGUACUUCGCACCUUUUGUAAUCUGAAUAUAUACACUUUCAAGUUUAUACACUAUUUAUUCAUUCAAAAA